AUGAAUGUAACAACAGAGCCUACUGAGAUAACCACACCAUCUGACACAACUUCUACUGGACCACCAACAACUGAGGCUGGUGGGACAACAUCAGAAUCAGACCCAACAAGUUCAACUAGUUCAGUAGCAACAGACACUACUGAGUUAACCACACCAUCUGACACAAUUUCAAAUGGUCCAACAACUGAGGCUUGUGGGACAACAUCAGAAUCAGACCCAACAAGUCCAACUAGUUCAGUAGCAACAGAGCCUACUGAGAUAACCGCAUCAUCUGGCACACCUUCUACUGGCCCAACAACAACUGAGGCUGGUGGGACAACAUCAGAAUCAGUUCCAACAAUUCCAACUAGCUCAGUAGCAACAGACACUACUGAGCUAAUCACAUCAUAUGACACAACUACUUCAAUUGGCUCACCAAUAACUGAGGUUGGUGGGACAACAUCAGAAUCAGCCCCAGCAAGUCAAACUAGUUCAGUAGCAACAGACCCCACUGAGCUAACCACACCAUCUGACACAACUUUUACUGGCCCAACAAUAACUGAAGCUGGUGGGACAACAUCAGAAUCAGACCCAACGAGACCAACUAGCUCAGUAGCUACAGAACCGACUGAGUUAACCACACCAUCUGACACAAAUUCUUCAACUGGCUCACCAAUAACUGAGGUUGGUGGGACAACUUCAGAAUUAGACCCAACAAAUCCAACUAGCUCAAUAACAGCAGAGCCUACUGAGAUAACCACAUCAUCUGACACAACUUCUACUGGUCCAACAACAACUGGGGCUGGUGGGACAACAUUAGUAUCAGACCCAACAAGUCCAACUAGUUCAGUAGCAACGGGCCCUACUGAGCUAACCACAUCAUCUGACACAACUUCUUCAACUGGCUCACCAAUAACUGAGGCUUGUGGGACAACUUCAGAAUUAGACCCACCAAAUCCAACUAGCUCAGUAACAACAGAGCCUACUGAGAUAACCACACCAUCUGACACAACUUCUACUGGUCCAACACCAACUGGGGCUGGUGGGACAGCAUCAGUAUCAGACCCAACAAGUCCAACAAGUUCAGUAACAACGGAGUCUACUGAGACAACCACACCAUCUGACACAACUUCUACUGGUCCAUCAACAACUGAGACUGGUGGGACAACAUCAGAAUCUGAGCCUACAGGUUCAGUUAGCUCAGUAAAAACAGAGCCUACUGAGACAUCCACACCAUCUGACACAAGUUCUUCUGGCCCACCAAUUACUGAGGCUGGUGGGACAACAUCAGAAUCAAAGCCAACAAUUCCAACUAGCUCAGUAACAUCAGAGCCUACUGGAACAACUACACCACCUGAUACAACUGGCCUCACCACCCCACCAAUAACCUAUUUAACUGAAGCCACCUCAGGACCUAAAACCACAUCGGUUUCUGAAUUUGCAACAUCUACUUUUGUUAGUACAUCCUCACCACCUGAGUCUGCCUAUACUGGUGGUGCAACAACUACUGGUACUGGAACAUCAUCAGGUUUAGACCCAACAAAUCCAACUGCAGCGUCUAGUCAGACUACCAUGUCAGCGGACGUCACCGCUUCCACUGUCACAUCAACAGCUCUGCCAACUGAAACAUCCCCAAAAGUAACAACAUCUAAACCUCUCAAUUGCCAAAAUGGAGGCUUAUAUAAUGGAUCUCACUGCAUAUGUCUUCCUGGAUUCAGUGGAGAAAGAUGCCAAAAUGUUGUCACCUUUAUUCCAGGUGUUUUUAACCAAUCAGUGGUAGUGAAAGUGAUGAUCAGUGUGGUAUACAAUGACAAUUAUGACGACAAGGAAUCCUCCGAAUACAAGAAGUUUGUUGGAAACUUUAAAAAAACGAUGGAGAAACAUUACAACAACCAGAAUAUAGAAAAUUUUAAAGAAGUUGUAGUGACCAGUGUGAGCCGUGGAGAGCCUUUGGAAAGACUAUUCGUUGAAGCCAGGACUGUCUACGCUUCAAGUAACGACAGUGUUCGUGUCACGCAUGAGGUGGUUUUGGAAAUUCAGAACAGCAAUGCCAGCGCCCUCUACAACAACAGUUUUGAAGAAGUUUUAAGAGCUGUUCAAAAACUUGAAAACUGUAAAGCAAGCAACCAGCACUGCUUUUACAAGAACACAAUGUCCAGCACCAGCACCAGCCGCCUGUGCCCAUCCUGCCAGACCGGAUACAUUUUGAGCUUUGACCGGCAUGACAUCUGUGAAGGAUGCCUGGGUCCCCGCCACGCCGACCUUGCUUCCUCCUGCCGUCCCUGUGACCUCCUCCCUCCCGAGGAGAAACAAAGACGAGCAGCCUUGUUCAAGGCUAAUAUGGAGGACUGCCUUUCCUUGGCGGGGGACUGUUCGCUGGACGACGCCAUCGCCUUUUUUGACGCCGAGUCACGGAGCGAAUCGGAUGAAUCCUCCAGAAAAGGUGACGUCAGUAGCAGCCCCGCUGCUCAUUCCCUCCUGGAGAGCAUAGUGUUGGAACAACCCCCCUGGGCCUUUCCGCAUUGGCGAACACACCGCUUCCAGCCGUCGGUGCCGUCCUCUCGGAGCUGCCCGGCAUAA